CAGCGUACUUGGGUACACACCGUUCAGGUGAAGCCCAAAACAAUUCUUCCUGGUUUACAGCGUUACAGCCUCAGUCAUGUCUAGCUCAAAUACCGUGUUCCGGGCAAGUACCACUGCCCCAGUCAACAUCGCUGUGAUCAAAUACUGGGGAAAGCGAGAUACGGUCCUGAAUCUUCCGACGAACUCGUCUCUGUCCGUGACAUUAUCUCAGAAAUCGCUACGAACUCAUACCACUGCAUCAUGUUCCGAAUCCUUCACGGGCCCGGACACCUUGGUGCUCAAUGGAGAAAAGGAGGAUAUUCAGUCUUCAAAGAGAACACAAGCGUGCCUCAAAGUCCUUCGCUCGCUGCGUGAAGCUCUGGAAGCCAAGGAUGCUUCCCUGCCGAAGCUCUCGAAAUGGACCCUGCGCUUGGUGUCGACCAACAACUUCCCUACGGCGGCCGGUCUUGCCUCUUCAGCUGCAGGGUUUGCAGCACUAGUCAGAGCGAUCGCCGACCUCUACGAGUUGCCCCAAUCACCGAAGGAGCUUUCAUUGAUUGCUCGGCAAGGCUCUGGAUCGGCCUGCAGGAGCCUGAUGGGUGGCUACGUGGCCUGGCGGGCUGGCACGAAGGAGGAUGGAAGUGACAGCUUAGCUGAAGAGGUGGCACCAGUUUCACAUUGGCCGGAAAUGAGGGCGCUGAUACUGGUCGUCAGUGCCGAGAAGAAAGGUGUCCCAUCAACUGCAGGUAUGCAGACCACGGUCGAGACAUCCACUCUGGCACCGGCAAGAUUCAAGGAGAUUGUUCCGAAAAGGAUGAAGGAGAUUGAGAAAGCAAUCCAAGAGAGGGACUUUGAGACUUUUGCGCGGGUCACGAUGCAGGAUUCGAAUUCGUUCCACGCCAUCUGUCUGGAUUCAUGGCCACCGAUUCACUACUUGAACGACGUUUCUCGUGCGGCCAUGAAUGCCGUGGAGACGGCCAAUCGCAAAGCAGGAAAACUGAUCUGCGCAUAUACGUUCGACGCGGGGCCGAAUGCGGUAAUCUACUACCUGCAAGAACACGCACACCAAGUGGCAGGAGUGUUCAGAAACAUCUUGCCUCAAUUGCCAGGAUGGGAAGGGGAGUUCGGAGAGUCUAUUCGUCCGAACGAGUAUGGAGGGUUGGAACAGAAGACGCUGAUGACGCUGAAGGCGGGUGUGAGUCGGGUCAUCUGCACAGCAGUGGGAGGAGGGCCAGAGAAGGUGGAGAGACAUCUGGUCGACGCAAGAGGGAAUGCUCUGGUGGAAUGAUAGCAUGUCAGGCGUGAGGAAAGCGUUCGCAUCCAAGGACGAAAUUUCGACCGGCCGCGCGAAACAAGAGUUGUUCCUCGUAUUGCGUACCCUUGGGCAUGUGUACGACGAGCAUUUCUUGCCUUACCUGGGCGAAGUUGCCUCGGUGUUUUCCCUUGAAGUCUCCAAGCAGCAACCCAGUGUGGGUGGAACAGGCUAGACAUCGGCUAUAGGAUCGCGAAAGGGCUUAGUUGGUCUGCGGUUGGGAAGGAGUGUGCAUACCUAGGUAGGUAGUGGGCGCAUAAGGUGCGAGUCGCAGGCAGGGCCUACUGCCCCUCACUGCUCGGUCCCUGGGCAGCCCCGUAUAAGUAAGCACUCAAAGAUACGGAGUACGGAGCACGGAGCACCCUUACCGCGCUCGGUAGGUGAUGUCUGGGGGCGAGUUACCUGCAAUACCUCGUACUUUUAGGCGUUCACACGAUGUCUUGGGACGCCUGCCGUGCCCAGAGGUACCCAGUGUCGUGACAGAGCCAUCAUUCACUCCUCCCAAUGAUCGAC